AUGUCAUUCGGCCUCUCGAUCGGCGAUAUCUGCAGUCAAAUUACGUACCGGCUCUUUACUGCUGCGACAUCUGGUCGGAAAGAUGCACCUCGCAGGCUCAGAGAGCUGGAUGACAUUUUGCUCGGCUUGAACUGUGCUUUGAAUUGUCUUCAAAAUGCCUCUCUUACAGUAUUACCGACAUCAAACGGCGAUGCCAGCAACUAUCACCGUCAAAUUGGGCUCAUGCUCCGCUCAUGUCGCCGAACUCUAGAAGAAUUGGAGAACGCAACAGCAAAGUGCCGGGAAGCGGGACAGAGUCCUACAGUCAUACGCGAUAGCAAAAAUGGCCUCAAAUUAUUUCCCCAGGAGUUCAUCGCGCAUGUUAAGGUUCAAUGGCGGAGGUUUAUUUGGGAUCUUCAAGAAGACUCAUUCAGCCAAUACCGACAUAGAAUUCAAUCUCACACCAAUUCGAUCAAUCUUCUGUUGAGCACGCUGAUCUGGUUUGUGUCCCGCCAUGGCCUCGACGUUAGACCAGCUAAAUCUGAUAAACCCCACAGGUCUGCCACCGAUCGUAUCGAGAAAGAUGGCCGACGCCAAGGAAAAAUGAUGCAGAGAUUAUUACAUCAAGCCUUCUGCCUUAACAGUGCAUUGUUUUCUCCAGUGCCUAAUCAAUACGGUCUCGCAAAGUCUCAUCGCUCGUUGACGUUUCCUGAUAUUUCGCCUUCGAAUGCAAUGUCAUCGCCAUUGGUCAAGAAAGUGGAUUUCAACACCGAGUCACAAUGUGCUUUUUAG